AUGGCAUUUGAAAUAACUGAUUUCAAGACUAUCGGGAGUCCUUUAAUUGCUCUAUGCGAGCUUGACACAAAACAAGAAUAUGACAAAGUCACCAUCCAGGCCAAAGUUGUAAAACUCCGUGAACCUCAAGCAGUGACAACCGGUAAAAUCAAACAAGAUGUCGUCGUAGCUGAUGCUACCGGGAAAACAACCUUAACGCUUUGGGAAUCACACGUCAAUACCUUACAACUACACGCUUCAUAUCAAGUUAGCCGAGUUACUGUUCGCAUUUUUAUGGGUAAACGCCAUCUGUCGAUACCUAUUACUGGCUCAACCAUUGAGCAAAUUAGUGACAUCGAAAAUCUCGAUAUUGAUUCUGAUAGUUCCAAAGAUGAAGAGCACAACCUAAAACAGGUAACAGUUUUUGGCGUUCAACAGUUCGAUGCAGUAUUUACUUGCAUGAACUGCAAAAAGACUGUCACGCCGACCGCAGAAAUGGCGGGAACAUGCAGCUCAUGCAAGACAACACAAAGGCUAAGUGAUCCAAAGCUAAGUGCUCGACUGUUUGUCAAGAAUGAUCAGAAUGUAAUUUCUCUUCGCGCACAUGGAGAUGUAAUAAAAAGCAUAGCCAAUAAAGAAAGCAGCAUCACAAAUGAAGAUAUUCUGUUUUCUCCACCGUUUGACCUCUCUUACAACAAGUUUCACACUAUCAUUAACAUCUCUCGUCACUGA